AUGGAAGGAUCAUCAUCAAGAGUGAGGAAAGGGGCAUGGAGUAGAUAUGAAGAUGAACUUCUGAAAGCUUGUGUGCAGAUUCAUGGAGAAGGAAACUGGCAUCUUGUUCCUGAAAGAGCAGGGUUGAAGAGAUGCAGGAAGAGUUGUAGACUGAGAUGGUUGAACUAUUUGAAACCGAACAUCAAACGAGGAAAUUUUAGUGAAGAUGAGGUUGAUUUGAUGAUCAGAUUGCAUAAGCUUCUGGGAAACAGCAUCUGGCAUGAAAAUGUAUGGUUGACUUCAAAUGUCUCAAUUCCAUGCAAUUCCAUCAGCUAG